AUGAGGAAGCAGUCCAGGGGUGACAGUGAGAACCAGACCACCUGGCUAAUCCUAGAGGGCUUUGGGGAGCUGCAGCACCUGGGCUUCCUCCCCUUCACCCUCUUUCUGCUCAUCUAUGUGGUAACAGUCGGGGGCAACACCCUCAUCCUGCUGGCUGUGGCCUCCACUCGGACCCUCCACACACCCAUGUACUUUUUCCUCUGCCCCUUCUCCCUGCUGGAGAAGUAUACCUCCAACAUCAUGCCUCGGCUGUUGUGGAGCUUCCUGGAAGGGAGGGAAACCAUCUCGGUGGUCAGCUGUCUGCUCCAGCUCUACUUGUUUGCCUCACUGGCUGCAGUUGAGUGCCUCCUACUGUCUGUCAUGUCCUUUGACCGUUACUUGGCCAUCUGCCACCCCCUUCACUACCCUGCCCUGAUGAGCACCUGGUUGUGUGGCUACCUGGCUGCUGGAGCCUGGUUCAGUGGCUUCUCUUUCUCUGCCUUCACUCUGGCCCUGGCAACCCCCCUGACCCUCUGCCCUGGCAGUAGGGAGAUCAACCACUACUUCUGUGAUUUCACUCCAGUUGUAGGGCUGUUCUGUGGUGAUGUGGGGGUUAUGUGGGGAGCCGGGGUGAGCAUCUCAGGCUUCCUAACCCUGGCUCCCUUCCUGUUGAUUGUGGCAUCCUAUGCCUUCAUCCUCAUUCUGCACAUACCUUCAGGCCAUGGAAAGCAGAAAGCCUUCUCCACCUGUUCCUCUCAUCUCAGCGUGGUCGGGGUGUUUUAUGGCACUCUCACAGUGGUCUAUGUAGCCCCAACAGACCACAUGGCCCCCUUCCUCCGAAAGGCCUUCUCUGUCCUCUACACUGUGUUCACUCCUAUGGUCAACCCCAUCAUCUACAGCCUCAAGAACCAAGAGGUAAAGGAGGCCCUUCUUAGGCUCUGGGGACAGCUCAUCCCAGGACAUACCCUACUGAGGGAAUAA